UAGCAGUUUUGUCUGUCGUACAGAAAAGGAGACUUUAAACGCUUCCUUCGUUAUCCAGAAAUGGAAGUAUCGGGCGACUCAAGGCCACCGCCCACGAUGUUAAAGCUUAAACCGAUUGAAGCAACGCCGGAGUCGUUUGUAGAGUUCGGCCAAGUGAUCGAGGCGUCACCGGACGGUGAAGAGUACGGACCUUGGGACGCUCAAUUGGACCUCAGCAGGGGAAUCCCAAGGUUCUACAUUAUGCAUCUUGAAGACCGACCACUUGAAUUUUCCACAAUAACGCACCAUGCAAGCGUGACCCAGUGCCUUGGUGCAAUUGGUGGAAAUGUUUGGUAUCUUGGGGUUGCUAAGCCUUCAAUCGUGGACUCAAGUGAAAUCAAGGCUGAUAAGGCUUUAAAUGUCGCACGCUCACAUUGUGGCCAUUUCUAUAUCCCGCCUGCUAUUGAUGAUGUGCAUGUUUUCAGAAUUGCUGGUCCAAAGUUCUUGAAGCUGAAUUGUGGUACAUGGCAUGCCGGGCCUUUGUUUAAAUCAGAUGCAUUGGAUUUCUAUAAUUUAGAACUGAGCAAUACUAAUGUUGUGGAUCACACAAAGCAUGAUUUUGAGGAAGAUGGAGUGGUCUUUCAAAUCGACGAGUAGUAUAUAUUUCAUAUAUUUUUUUGUCAUUCUCAAGUGUAUUUCAGAAGCUGUUUAUGCAUACUAUAUAUAAACAGUGCAUGCAUAUCACACCGUGCAAAUAAAUGCCGUUUGAAUACACCGUUCCGUUUUAGGACAA